GCAGGUUCAGCGGGCUUGGGAGGUGAUGCGUCGUGUGGCGGCCCUCGAGCUAACACACUUGCCGCAGGAGGUGGACAGUUGCUGCAUGAUCUACCUGCCUCACGUGGGUUACCUCCUCGCCUUCCCGCCCUCGCCAGAGCUCGAUGCCUCCCUCUCCCCUGCCGGCUACUCCCUGCCCGGCCUGCACUUCAUGUUCAAGACUGCCGACAUGGUGUUUUACAAGAGUGACACGUGCUAUGAGCUGGACCGUGAGCUGGGCGAUAUCCACGUAGAGAUUGCCAACCACGAGACGCGUAUCAUGCUGAGGCUGAUGGAUGCCCUGCUGCACCACGCCCACGCCUUCCUCGCCCUGGUGGACCGCGCCCUCAUGCUUGACUGCCUGCUGGCGUUUGCUGUAGUGGCGAGGGAGUGUGGAUGGGUGCAGCCUGACCUGGUGGAGGUGGAGAAGGAGGGAGGGUCAGAGAUGGAGAGUGUACUUGAUGUGGAGGGAGCACGCCAUCCCCUUCAGGAGCUGUGUACCCCUGCCUUCGUGGCCAACCCUGUGGUGAGUGGCGGCGCCCUGCCCUCCAUCACCCUCAUCACGGGACCCAACGCCAGCGGCAAAACUGUCUAUCUGAAGCAGGUGGGCGUGCUGGUGGUGCUGGCGCAGGUGGGAAGCUGGGUGCCGGCAACCAGAGCCAGGCUGACUCCCGUGGACGCCAUCAUCGCGGUCACGCCCAGCACGCCGUCAGUCACCUCCGGCCUCUCCACCUUCAUGGUCGAGCUCAACAGGAUGAGCGGUGCCGUGGCCAGGGCGACAAGACGCUCCCUGGUGUUGGUGGAUGAGUUCGGGGCCUCCACCUAUGAGAACGACGGCGCUUCCCUCCUGACAGCGUGCCUAGACCAUUGGGGCGCCAUGACCCGUACCCGCAGGAGGCGCAGGAGGAGGAGGAGGAGUAGCAGGAGUAGCAGUGGGGAGGAGGAGGAACAAGAUGACAGUACCAGGAUUAUUAGACAUGAUGAUGAUAGUGAGAUGAGUUUUGUGGAAGGAAGUGGAGGGAUUAGAGGAGAGGAAGAGAGAAGUGAAGGAAGUAGAAGCAGAGGUUAUGAAGGGAGAAACAGUGAUGAUGAAGAGAUGGUAGGAGGAGGAGGAGGAGGAGGAGGAAGAGGAGGUGGAGGAGAAAGGGGAAGAGGGUGUCCACAUGUUUUCGUUUCCACUCAUCUCCUUCGAAUCUACGACCACUUAGAACGACCUGAAACUGUUCGUCCUCUGGUCCUGGAGGUGGUGCAGGAGGGAGAGGGACUAGUGCCGCUGUACCAGGUAGCAGAGGGUCGUGCACGCGCCAGUCAUGCCGCCGCUGUCGCCUCCCUCGCUGGGGUACCAAACUUCGUCAUUGAGAGGGCUAACCAGGUGUGUGAGAGCAUCAGGCGAGGUGAGCUGCCCCCGCCUUGGACUUUACUGGAGGACGGGGCUGAGAUGAGGAGAUGCCAGGCUGUGGUGUCUCUCUUCCUCAUGCACCACUUCGCAGACGACCCCCUCACGCUACUCCACAAGAUACGUGAAUGCUCCAUAACCGCCGCCUCUGCAUCACCGUCCUCCUCCUCGCUAGCUAGCCUGCCUCUGCCUCCACCUCACCACUCCACGUCCCACCUCAGCACGCCGCCCACACUGCACGGGAGAGGCGGUGUGGAGGGUAGCGCAGGACAGGAGUCGCCUCAGAACAGCUUAGUCAUCCCCUCUGAUUUCCUUGAGGUUGUUAUUGCCUCCGGUGGCGUGUUGGGGGAGAUGGGGCAAGGUGAUGCUUCAAAGGUUGCACGGCUUGCUACACCUAUACAUACACAGGCUACACCCAUACACAUACAGGAUACACCUAUACACACACAGGCUACACUCAUACACACACAGGCUACACCCAUACAUACACAGUACCGCAGUUACAUCCUCGAGGGAGCCACAGCGGUGUUUGAAGCGUUCCGAAGCUCACAGAGGAAGGAGAAUGAAGCCCAAUUGAAUCGUGAUGAUGUCUUUCCUCAGCAAAGCCUCACAACAGAGCGAAGCAAACCACUGAGUCUCAAAAACGAAAAAGUACUAAAGCCUAACCAAGCAGAGAGGAACGGAGUAGCUUCAGACACAGCCGUUAGCGAACCAUCACCGCUCAAGAACCAGCAGACUCACCAGAACGGAUUCAUGAACGGGAAGAAUGCCGACACUGUUUCGAACCGAGAGAAUGAAGCACCGGCGAUAAAGAAGCGGCCUCUAUCCUGCCCAGAGGAGAGCGACGGGGAGGAGGAGGAGCAGAAAGUGGUGGUACUUGGCGCAGAUACGACCUUACCAACGGAGAAGGAAUCAUCGCCAGGGUCGUCCUCAAGCCCCGAAAGUGUUGUGGAGAAGGAAUAA